AUGGGUAUCGAUUUGGACCGUCACCAUGUUCGGGGCUCCCACCGCAAAGCACCUAAGAGCGAGAAUGUCUACCUCCUACUUCUCGUGAAGCUUUACCGCUUCCUUGCCCGUCGUACCGACUCGAACUUCAACAAAGUCAUCCUACGCCGUCUCUUUAUGUCACGCGUCAAUCGUCCUCCCGUUUCUCUAUCUCGAAUCGUAGCCGCCGUAGGAACCAAGGAGACCGCUGAAGCAAACAAGGGAAAGACUAUUGUUGUUGUUGGUACCAUUACUGAUGACAAUCGCCUCCUCAACGUCCCAAAGAUGUCGGUCGCAGCUCUCCGAUUUACUGCCACCGCAAGGGCCAGAAUUGAAAAAGCUGGCGGUGAGACCUUGACUCUAGACCAACUCGCGCUCAGAGCCCCAACUGGCGCCAAUACUUUGCUGCUACGAGGUCCCAAAAAUGCCAGGGAGUCUUUCAAACAUUUCGGAUUCGGUCCACAUAGUGGAAAGAAACCAAGAGUUCAAAGUAAAGGUCGAAAAUUCGAACGAGCUCGUGGUCGGAGACGGUCGCGAGGCUUCAAGGUUUAA